AUGCCACACAGUAUGUUUUGUCUUGUACUUGUCUUCUUCUUCUUAUCGACAUCCCUCGCUCAAGAAAAUAUCUUCUCACCGAAUCGCUUCAAAAAUAUCAUCAUAUUUGGCGAUUCAUAUACGGAUACAGGCAACGUUUAUAGAUUAACUCGACGUGCAUGGCCUUUAUCACCUCCAUAUCACCGUGGACGAUAUUGUAAUGGACCUAAUUGGGUGGAUCAAUUGAGAGGUUCUCGAGUGAAGAAUUAUGCCUAUGGAAGUGCAACAACUGACAGUAAUUUUGUUCAAGGUUAUACAAUAGGCAAUGUUCCUGUCCCAGGCAUUCGACAACAAGUUCAAAAUUAUAUGAAAGGCUGGAACUCGAGAUAUAUCAGUCGUCCAGAUACUCUUCAUAUUGUUUGGAUUGGUGGCAAUGAUUUUAUUUUCAAUCAUUCAGCACUACCAAAUUUAGUUGUACCUAGUCUGAUGAAUAGCAUUAAUGAUUUAGUUGCGAAAGAUGCUAAACAUAUUCUCGUAGUCGACCAAGUACCAGCUCAAUAUAUUCCCGCAGGUCUAGCACUUGCACCACCAGCAGAAUUAGCUUAUCUUACAGCAAUGUACAAUACUUUAUUGAACGCAAGUCUUCAUAGCAUUCAACAAAAAUAUCCACAAACAUCGAUUCAUAUUUUCAGCAUCAAUGCACUUGUGACAAAAGUUGUUACCACCCAUUCUGAUUACUUUACAAAUACAACUACCAAUUGUUGGAAUGUUCAAAAUUACACUAUAGUCAAGAAUUGUGAAAAUCCAAACAAUUUUGUCUUUCUUGACAAUAUACACUUUAGUAAUCAUGUGCAUACAUUGAUUGCUGAUCCUGUUCAAAAAUUUCUUUUGCCUUCAUAUGCAGUUAAUAGUGCUAGUUGUUAUAUUCGUCAAGCUUAA